GAAUCUCCUAUUUUCACCAGAUUGGUGAAUAAAAACGUGAAUAAAAAAUAGUAACGUAACAACCGACGUUUCGGUGACCUUCUGUCACCUUCCUCAGGGCAUUCUGACUGGUUCAUCUUGCAAUGCAGCUAAAAAUGUCACUGCUUACUCUCUGAAGUGGGCUGUUAUGUUACACCGCUUGUGAAUAAAGAAUGCUAUUAUUUAGGAAGUUGUAUUGAUGCUCUAUCGCCAACCCCAUGUGUCAGAGCUGGCGCAGUGACCUUUCAACAAUUUGUCAGAUAUCUAGAGCGGAUAAACCUGUUUUAGACGCCAUUCAGGCAGAAGUACAUGUGCCUCGAUAUUGAACAAUGUAACCUGGUCUGUACAAUGAGGUCGACGUCAGUACAAUUACAGUACAACUUCUAGAUCAGCAAGGAAACCGUCUUCUGUCGUUCUGAGGUACGAGUGCUCCCACGAAAUGUUUCAAGCCAUCUCUGAUGAAUGUCACUUCUGUUAUUGUUCGUUAGUUGUUGCUUUUUGCCAUGGAAAGAAGAAAGGAUUUGCUAGAAUCAGCCGCUGAAAUGGUGGAUACAAAACCCGCCAUAAUGUGCCAUACCAUGUGCUGAGUGAUUUUGUAUCUUGAUUACUUAGUGAAACACUUUUGAUUCUUGACUGAUGGCGUGGUCAUGACCUGUGAAUCAGGUAUGAUACUUUGUAACUGAAUCCUGAAUGCUAUGAUAGGAUCGUCAAAUCAUUUACCUCAACAAACGCGCCACUCGCAAGGUCACAAUUAAGGUCACCAUCCAACUGUGUUUGCACAUGCAGACAGUCCUAGUACACAGGUCGCCGACGCCAGCCAGCUCUCUUACUUCGUUAGAAAAACAACAAGAUGGCAACAUUCCAGGUGGCCAGGCCUUUGCUCUCCUUCGUCGGCCUCUCGGUAGCGAUUGCGUUGUGGACGAUACCAUAUCUCCGUUACAACUUUAAGAUCGCUUCUGCACACAAAAAGUACGCAGCAGCGACACAAAAUUGGACUGGACAUGUCCAGGACCAGAAAACGUUGAACAUCUGGCCAUGCUUCAACCAUAACUACUCUAUGGCCAAACUCGUCUACAACAGAGUGCCAAAGUGCGGAAGUAACAGCGUCGUAACGAUCAUAAGAAAACUGAAAGACAGGAAUGGAUUCCACUUCUUUGAAGACAAAACAUAUACAGCAUAUACAGUGCUUCGCGGUAGAAACUUGAGUAACUUCGCACAGAUGAUCUAUAACUUCCCAACACCGUCUAUUUACGAGCGGCACAUCUUCUAUGUAGACUUUCAUCAGUUUGGGUUGCAGCAGCCCAUGUACAUCAACCUCGUCCGAGACCCUUUAGAACAGCGGAUAUCCGGGUAUUACUACAUGCGGUUUGGACGAGAUGGCCAAAACCUGACAGCCUGGCAAAAGCAAAGACGAACAGACAAACAGAAAGCACAGACAUUUGAUGACUGUGUUUUCUACAACACAUGGGAGUGCAAUGCCAAAGGCCCUCUAGUAUUUAUGAUGACCAAGUUCUUCUGUGGACACGAUGAUAUAUGCAUGCAGCCUACCCAGGCGGCAGUAGAAAAAGCCAAAGAGAAUAUCAGGAGGCACUACGCUGUGGUCGGGGUACUGGAGGAGUUCAGCAGCUUCCUGAAGGUCCUGGAGGUGGUCAUGCCGCAGUUCUUCCGCGGAGCUCACGACACAUGGAGGGAAAUUGGCUCGAAGCUGAUGAAAAUGCAGAAAACGUCGAACAAGAGACCUGCCUCUGAGAAGGCGCGGGAAGUCAUGAGAGAAAGAUUGCACCUGGAUUAUCAAGUAUAUGACUUUAUCAAGGAGAGAUUCCACAGGCAAAAAUCACAGCUGGGAAUCAAGGACUGAUGAAGAGAGGAAACUGUCAACUUAGUGCCAUCACAUGGUGUUCACCGAAAGCUCAGUGCGCUUCUGUUAAUAUGUUCCAAAUUGGAAUAUGAAAUAUUUCACGUAAGACUUCAUGGUAAAUCUCAAUGUAUUUCAAAGUUACCCACUCCAUUAGACGACUCGAUAUAUUGUUUUAGUUUAAGACAGGCGGCUAGAUUAAAUUCUAACACAAAAAGAAAACUAAUAUGUGUGUCAGUUUCGUCAGCUUCAUACAUUUACCCAAGGAGGUUUUACCUCCUUGAUUUGGCUUUCUUCUCUUUAAAGCUAGUAUUAUCAUCUCCUCCUUCUAGAUCAUAUAUAUUGACAAACCUCUUCCUAAGGAAGCUACUGUGACAUUUAUGCAUAAAAUGUUCAAAUAGUAUCAAAAUCUUUAUUAUCUGUCUCGCAUCACUGAUCUAACAUACACGUGUCACUAAUAAGAACAUGCCACCAUUUGCCACUCAAGUAUUAUGCAAUCUUAGUAAUAAAAAUGAACGAUUUGCA